AUGAGCGAGAACGAAGGUCAGCGCGGGGAGACGGAGGCUAGCAAGUUCCCCGACAUUACGUGCGGCUGCAAGAGGCCGCGUUGUCCUGUAACAGGCUGUUGGAAGUGUUCGAGGUGUGGCUGUAGCUGUGACGGACUUUCUCCAUCCGUAAAGCGUGCGCGGACGCGAGGACGACCUUUAGCGGCUGUGGCGCUGGAGGGCUGUGAGCGUGCGCUGUCCGUGUCGAGCGUGGAUCCUGCAAUAAGUGUGGCUAAAAGAUCAACGCGACAGAAGUCUCAAAGAGUCCGGAAUGUGCUGAUUGACGAUGGGAGUGAUUGUGGAGAUGUGGAUAUAUCGCCGCCUGUAAACUUGAGUGCGGAGUCAGAUGUGAGUGAUUGUGGAGCCAUGGAUAUAUUGUCUCCUGUGAGUGUCGGUGCAGGGCCGGCUGCGUCUGCUGGUCUGCGUGCGCAAAACGAAGCUGGAAUGUACCUGAGUCCGGCUAUCUUCACGCCAACGCCUAAAGCUCGAAAACGAGUGGACAUUUUUGCUGUGAUGCAGUUUCUGGUUUGCGAAGAAACACAGAUCAAUAUGAUGAAGAAAAAACUUCCGUCAAAGGAAAGGCGUUGUUCUGAAUCAUUUUGGUCAUCAAGUGCUUGUGGGACUGGCAACGAUCCGCGUCAGCAGGAAUCGCAAAAUGCAUUUGGAGAUCAGCCCCGGAUCGAACGUGAACAUCAAGAACGAGCUGUCGCGUUGCGACUGGUUUGGAACUUGCUGAGUCACAUUUGCACGAUAUUGUGUCGUAAACAAACUGCUUCUGUGUUUCUGGAGCUGUUUCGAUCGUGGAUCAGUCCAGGCCAGAUCUCUACAAUCUCUACAAUCGCGACACCAGUCCGCGUCUUCAUGGCUACAAAACGUGGAUCAGGUGAGCGGUGGUGUGUUCGAGCCCUGUUGUGUGACGCGUUUCCUCUAUCAACUUUGACGAACACGGCGGAGCAGAUCGAAGAGUUUUCAUUUGGCAGAAAAAACUAUAUGGCGGGGCAAAAGGAUCUCUAA